AUAGCGAAGAUGGAAAGAACAUUAGGAUGGAUUGAUUACUUAGUCGUCAUACUAACAAUGGCCAUAAGUGCGAGCAUUGGCCUUUACUAUAGAUUUUCUGGAGGAAGACAAAAAACAACUCAGGAAUAUUUUUCUGCCAAUAAAUCUAUGAGUGUUAUUCCAAUUGGUAUAGCGCUUAUGGUGUCUUUUAUGUCCGCAAUUACAUUACUUGGUCUAUCCGCUGAAAAUUAUACUUAUGGUACGCAAUUUGUUGUUAUUAACAUAGCCUACUUAAUAGGUACGCCUCUUAUUUGUUAUGGCUUUCUACCUAUUUUUUUUAAUCUUGGAGCAAUAAGUGCAUAUGAGUAUUUAGAAAAGCGUUUCGGUUAUGGAGCACGUUUAGCAGCUAGUUUUGCAUCAUGGAUACAGCUACUAUUAUACUCAGGUGUAGUUUUAUAUGCACCAGCACUAGCCCUCGAAGCAACAACUGGCUUAUCAAGAGUUCUGAGUAUAGUUGUCGUUGGUCUAGUUUGUUCAUUUUAUUCUACUAUAGGAGGAAUUAAGGCUGUAUUAAUCACUGAUGUUUUCCAAGCAAUUUUAAUGUUUGUAUCGAUGUUUAUCGUCAUUGGUACAGCUGCUUACAAAAUUAAUGGUAUAGCAGAAAUUUGGCAGAUUGCGUCUGAUGGUGGAAGAAUUGAGUUUGAUAAUAUAUCACUUGAUCCAACGAUUCGCCAUACAUGGUGGGGUCUCAUUAUUGGAGGUUUAUUCACCUUUCUUUCACUUUAUGCCGUAAAUCAAGUACAAGUGCAGCGUAUGAUGACUUUAAGAAAUUUGAAAUCGGCAAGAUCUGCUUUAUGGCUAAACCUGCCAAUUUUGACUGUACUUUCUGUAACAACAUGCUUUUCGGGUUUAGCACUAUACAGUCAUUAUCGUAAUUGUGAUCCCAUAAGAAGUGGUAGAAUAUCAUCACCUGAUAUGUUGUUGCCACUUUACGUAAUGGACGAAUUAUCAAAUUUUCCAGGAAUUCCUGGUUUAUUUAUAGCUGGAAUUUUUAGUGCUGGUUUAAGUACAAUAUCCGCUGGUUUAAACUCUUUAGCAGCUGUUACAUUAGAAGAUUUCAUAAAACCUAUAUAUAUAAAAUAUACAGGAAAUGAAUUUCCAGAAACUAAAUCAAUAAUUUUAAGUAAAUUGUUGGUACUUUCUUUUGGAAUUACUUGUCUUGCAUUAGCUUUCGCUGCACAACUAUUGGGCGGUGUAUUACAGGCGAGUUUAACAAUUUUUGGAGUUAUCGGUGGCCCGUUACUUGGAAUUUUUACACUAGGAAUGUUAUUCGAAUCUACUAAUCAAAUUGGUGCUAUUACUGGAAUUAUUUCUUCAACUGCAAUUAUGCUAUGGAUUGCUUUUGGGCAACCAAAGCCAAGAUCUCAACCUUUACCAGUAUCUGUUGAAGGCUGUAAUACAACAUUUUCGAUGUAUUCUAGUUUAAAUUCAUCUCUUUCAGCUAAAGAAUCUGUCAUACUACCAUCGAAUGAUUCUUCCUAUUUUUAUUUAUACCGUAUUUCGUACAUAUGGUAUAGUGCAAUUGGUUUCAUGAUUACAAUAAUAAUUGGAAUUGUAACAAGCUAUAUAUCUCGUUUAUUAUAUAAUAAUCAUAAUGAUCGAUUGGAUCCAGAUUUAUUUUUUCCAAUUGUUGCUAAAUUCAUAAGGCAACGAAGGCAGUGUCAAACAGAAAUGAAUGGAAAUUUAAUGACACAAGGAUUGUAUGUUUUCAAAAGUAAAUAUAAACAUUCUGAAAAAGAGAAAGAGCAAAACAGUCAUUUAUAGUUUUGAACUUUAAACCGAUUGUAUGAUUAUGUUAUAAAAUUAUUUAAUAUGAA